CUAGCUUUUGGUUUCCAUAUCUCAAUUUCAAGUUUGAAGUUAAAAAAGAAAGCUCAAACUGCUGAAAGAGAUUUUCUAAAGAAUAUGGAGUCCAAAGAGGGCACCAAUACGGAAGGUAAAACUGGGCCGUUCGCGGAUCCUGAGUCGUCUGUAGCAAUAUCAGAGAAUCUUAGGAGUCAAAUGGAAUCGAUGGGUAUGAAAGGAGACUCUGAAAAGCCAAUAGAAGUUCACUUUGAAGAUAUAUGUGCGGCAGAGUUUCGAAUUCGGAAAGGAGUGAAAAGAACGACUUGUUUGAAAUCAAAUGACAUAUCAAGGAUGGUUGGAAUGGAAAUCUUCUUUAAAAACGAAUAUUUGCAACAUACUGGAAGUUUCAAAGAGCGUGGUGCAUUGAAUACUUUACUUCUACUAUCAAAGGAACAAAAAAGACGAGGUGUCAUUGCCGCAUCCGCCGGUAACCACGCACAGGCCCUAGCUUAUCAUGGCAAUAAACUCAAGAUUCCAGUCACGGUGGUCAUGCCAGAGAACGCCCCACUGGUAAAACAAACCAUGUGUAGGGAAUACGGAGCCACAAUUAUACUAAAGGGACAUCAUUUAGUAGAGUCGAAAGAAUACGCCUUGGACCUUGCAGACCAAAAGGGCUUGGCUUAUAUAAAUGGAUAUGAUCAUCCGCAUAUUCUCAGCGGUCAAGGAACAGUAGGCUUGGAGAUCAUAGACCAGGUGUAUCCGCUGGACGCCGUGAUAGUGCCUGUGGGCGGCGGUGGACUUUUAGCGGGAAUCGCGAUCGCUGUUAAAACCAUCUAUCCACACGUUAAGAUAAUUGCCGCAGAAUCUGAGCGAUGUGCGAGUUUCAAGGCGGCGAUGGAGGCUGGUGCACCGGUCAAAGUUGAAGCACACCACUCCGAGACUCUAGCUGAUGGGCUGUGCGUCCCUCAGGUCGGUAGCAAUGCAUUUGCAAAUGCAAAGGAUCUCGUGGACAAAGUAAUCGUAGUGAGUGAGGACUUUAUUGGGCUAGCUAUUCUUCAUUUAAUUGAGCUUGAAAAGAGUGUUGUUGAAGGGGCUGGGGCUACGGGCCUUGCAGCCGUACUAUCUGGACAACUGCCUGAGUUGAAGGGCAAACGUGUCUGCAUUCCACUUUGUGGUGGUAAUAUAGACCCUACCGUCGUGGGCCGGUGCAUCGAGCGUGGUCUUGCCUCAGAUGGGCGACUAGUUCGCUUCAUAAUCACGAUCAGUGAUAGACCUGGGGGUAUGGCUCGGCUAGUAGGAGUACUAGCUUCUGCUGGAGCAAAUAUCAAAGAUAUUUUCCACGAGAGAGCAUGGCUCAGAUCGAGUGUAUUUAAAGUUCAGUGUAAAGUGAUAGUCGAAGUGCGAGAUAGAGAGCAUGGUCAAAUGUUACGAACAUUACUUGAGAAGACUUAUGAUGACGUUCAUUGGAAUACAGACCACACGAGCUCAUACACAGGCUAGGCACGGACACCGGACAACUAGCUGGACUGGGCAUGGAUUACUAGUAAUAACCUCAUAAUUUUGUAGUCGACAGGUUGACUGGUUUCCUUGUCAACGUUGUAAAGUAACUUUAAAUAAAGGUAGUCUUGGAGGCUGUCCGUUAAGUGAAAUAUGCACUUUGUUUAUAUAGAUGUUUGCGCUGAUUUGAGAAUUAUAUAUUAAAUGUUUUCAAGACUA